UUCCGCGGUCCCGGGCCGCGUGGCCCGGGCAUCGGGAUUGGCCCGCUGCUUCCCCGGGGAGCCGCUGAUGCAAAGCCAGGCUGGGGCGGCCGGGCCCGGCCAGCGCCCUCUAGGCAGCGGAAGUGGAGCUUGCUUUACAUCCGUCCUCCCCGCCUGGCGGAGUUGAAAGAAGGAAGGCUGGGGGGGUGUGGAAAAAUAAAAGGAAAAGUCCUUGCACCAUGUAGAUCAGCGCCCCCCACCCUGGCACCCCGGCCGGCGGGGGACCUCCCAGUCUGUGGCCAUGAACGCGAGCAGCGAGGGCGAGAGCUUCCCGGGCUCGGUGCAAAUUCCAGGUGGCACAACGGUGCUGGUUGAGCUCACUCCAGACAUCCACAUCUGUGGCAUCUGCAAGCAGCAGUUUAACAACCUGGAUGCCUUUGUGGCUCACAAGCAAAGUGGCUGCCAGCUGACCAGCACAUCCGGGGCAGCCCCCAGCACGGUCCAGUUUGUAUCUGAAGAAACAGUGCCUGCCACCCAAACUCAGACCACCACCAGAACCAUCACCUCCGAGACCCAGACGAUCACAGGUACAGCCGGCGGGGGGGGGGGGGGGCUUCCACACAUGGAGAAGCACCUUAUACACACAGGAGACAAGCCCCACAAGUGUGAGGUCUGUGGCAAGUGCUUCAGCCGGAAGGAUAAGCUGAAGACACACAUGCGCUGCCACACGGGGGUGAAGCCAUACAAGUGUAAGACGUGUGACUAUGCCGCGGCCGACAGCAGCAGCCUUAACAAGCACCUGCGGAUCCACUCGGACGAGCGGCCCUUCAAAUGCCAGAUCUGCCCCUACGCCAGCCGCAACUCGAGCCAGCUCACCGUCCACCUGCGGUCCCACACAGGGGACGCCCCCUUCCAGUGCUGGCUCUGUAGCGCCAAGUUCAAAAUCAGCUCGGACUUGAAAAGGCACAUGCGCGUGCACUCGGGGGAGAAGCCUUUCAAGUGUGAGUUCUGCAAUGUCCGCUGCACCAUGAAGGGCAACCUCAAGUCGCACAUCCGCAUCAAGCACAGCGGGAAUAACUUCAAGUGUCCGCAUUGCGACUUCCUGGGUGACAGCAAAGCCACCCUCCGUAAGCACAGCCGGGUGCACCAGUCGGAGCACCCGGAGAAGUGCUCCGAGUGCAGCUACUCGUGCUCCAGCAAGGCGGCGCUGCGCAUCCACGAGCGCAUCCACUGCACCGACCGCCCCUUCAAGUGUCAUUACUGCAGCUUCGACACCAAGCAGCCCAGCAACCUAAGCAAGCACAUGAAGAAGUUCCACGGGGACAUGGUGAAGACCGAGGCCUUGGAGAGGAAAGACGCGGGCCGACAGAGCAGCCGGCAGGUGGCCAAGCUGGACGCCAAGAAGACUUUCCACUGUGAUACAUGCGACGCCUCGUUCAUGCGCGAGGACUCGCUCCGCAGCCACAAAAGGCAGCACAGUGAGUACAGUGAGAAUAAGAACUCGGAUGUGACGGUCCUGCAGUUCCAGAUAGACCCCAGCAAGCAGCCGGCCCCGCCCCUCACCGUGGGCCACCUGCAGGUGCCCCUCCAGCCCAGCCAAGUGCCCCAGUUCAGCGAGGGGCGAGUCAAAAUCAUCGUUGGGCAUCAAGUGCCACAGGCCAACACCAUCAUCCAGGCGGCCGCCGCCGCGGUGAACAUCGUACCCCCCGCCUUGGUGGCGCAGAACCCGGAGGAACUCCCCGGGAACAGCCGGCUGCAGAUUUUGCGCCAGGUCAAUCUGAUCGCCCCCCCUCAGCCCUCAGGGUGUCCGAGCGAGGCGGGCACGAUGACCCAGCCCGCUGUCCUGCUGACCACUCAUGACCAGGCCGAUGGGGCCACUCUGCACCAGACUCUCAUCCCCACGACGCCCGGCAGCCCCCAGGAAGGCUCCAGCAACCAGACUUUCAUCACCAGUUCGGGUAUUACAUGCACAGACUUUGAAGGCCUUAAUGCUUUGAUUCAAGAGGGGACAGCUGAAGUGACAGUGGUGAGCGAUGGAGGUCAGAACAUCGCCAUGGACACCACGGCCCCGCCUAUAUUCUCCUCCUCCUCCCAACAAGAACUGCCCAAACAGACUUACUCCAUCAUUCAAGGGGGAGCCCACCCAGCCUUGCUCUGUCCCGCGGAUUCCAUACCAGAUUAGUACCUAAAAACCAAAAGAAAGGGAGGGAAAAGGAGUGACAAAAACAGGAAGUCCUAAAAAGAAUUCUGUAAGAGGUUUGCUCUUAAUGUUUUUAAGGAUUGAUGUGAAACCCCUCCCCUCGUAAUAAAUCGUAAUUUUAUACUGCUUACUAUGAUUUUUUAAUGCUUGUGACCACCUCGGAAUCGCCGUGUUCUAACUGUUGUAGAAUGUUGCCAAGAUGAUUCCAAUUAGGACUUGGAAUUCAAUGCAGUGAGUAGUGAAUACAUUUGUUUUGUCCGGCUUGAUUUCCCAAUUCUGAGAAGGGUUUUUUCCAAUCUUAUUAAAUUUGUGUGGGAGAUGGGAGACUUCCCAACCUCUCUGAAGUCACCAUUCUGAAAUACCCCCCUUCCAGGUCUGGGCUAUUACUGUUUUAGUACAUGGAUACAAAUCUAUUGGCAUGAGGACCAUUUUCUAUAUAAUGUUACAUGGAUACUUGACCCCCCCCCCAAAAAAAAUGUUUAGUGCUAAUGAGAAAAAAGAAAUGGUUUCCUAAUAAAUUGAUACGUGAGUAAAAUAUA